GUUAAAAAUUGUCUUCAAAACAGAGAAAUUUUUAAACCAUUUUUGUCUUACCUGAACAUUGAUAAUUUAUAAUCAUAUAAAUUAACUUUGUAAUACAAAGAUAUGAUUUUAUUGAGUGUCAACCUCUGACGAUUUCACUGAAAUAUUUUGCACUGAUUGGCCAUAAAAGGAAUUUUGACAAAUGGUACUUUUACAGCCAAUGAAUUAAUGUUAAUUUUUUAUCGAACAUACAAAUAUACUUUUGAAGUUUGAGUUUUAAGUUAUGAAAUUGUGAAUCCUACUACAAUUUUAGCUACUUUGUGAAUUACAUUUCUACAAAUCGAAGCGAAAACUGCUCAGUGUGAAUUUUAAAAACGGUUGGUACCAUUCUAUGGCGAUAAAUCAUCCUUUUUGAAAUGCAUAUGACAUCUGCAUAGAAAACGCGAAAACUAUAGAAUCGUUUUUAUGUUUUGAAUAACUUUUAUAUGACAUAUUAGUAAUCCAAGAACUAUUUAGAACAUGGCUUCCAUUUUAGGAGAUUCUGUGGAUAUGUGACUUUAAUUACCCAGACAAAAUUGCUUCCAUUAAAAGAGCAAAAAAAACUUUGAAUAGAUAUUAGUAUUUAUUUUGAACGAGAAGAAACGACAGUACGAUGGAUAGUAUUAGUCCAGAUACAAUCAGUCGUCGAUCUUCUUAUCGUAGAUCAGUGACACCAAAUCGUAGUCUUCCCGCUCGAGCCGCGGGUUCGUAUAAGAGACAAACAAGUUGCAGAGUCACCCCACCACCGGACGCUGUGGACGAUGAACCUGAACCUUCCGCCCCUCCUCUGGAGCUCAUGGACAAGGUCCGCGGUUACGAAAGCGCCUCUUUCGAAGCCGUGGCCAUACCUCCACCUUUAGAAACAUCUUUAAAGAAAUCCGAGAGCGAAACUCACAGAAGCCCAUUACCUUGCAUACCACAUUUGACUGAAAAAGAAGCCAGAGAAGCUCUUUUGAAGGAGGUUUCAACUCACUUCUGUUAUGGCAAAGGUGCAGCGCGGGAUAUGGCUAUCACUGAAAUUAAGCAUUCCAUGGCAUUUCAUUACACUUUGGAAACAUUUACAGAAAAGAGAACGACUUGCUGGGCUUUCGAGCCUUAUAAUGGAGGUCCUGUGGAUAGACCAGAUUCCGGAGAAGCCCCUUUCCCAUGGGACAUUCCAUCGUCACCUCCGUCUUAUUUUACGAAUCACGCCAUACAGCUAGAAGUUCCUUAUACCGCUUCCAUUAAAGUGUGCCAUGUUUGUGGUGGACCUGGACGAAAGCGAUGCAGUACUUGUUCCGGUAAAGGAUAUGAAUAUUGUUUCCAUUGUCAUGGGGAUGGAACUUCAUCACUAGCUAUGAGGACUGCGACCAAGGAUUGUCUGCAUUGCACUGGUUCAGGACAAAGAAAGUGCUGGAAAUGUGGAGGAGAAGGAAUGGCAGUUUGCAAGGUGUGUUCGGGGACAGGUCAAAUCAGAUGCUUCAUUCGCCUGACAAUAAAAUGGUCAAAUCAUAUGGAUGAUCAUGUUGUUGAAAGAGUUUCCAACCUUGACGAUGAUAAAAUCAGAAAUGUGUCUGGAGAAAUUGUUUGCCAAGAAGAGGAGACAACUGUACUACCCUUAACUCAUUUUCCUGACAUGACGGUGAGCAUGGCUUCAGCUCAACUUUUGCAAAACCACGCCUCUUCAUUUCCUGAAGAAAAAGUGCUGAAGCAGCGUCAUAAAGUUAGUAUUGUACCAGUGACUUCUGUUCGCUACAAAUGGAAAAACAGAGAAGGAUUAUUUCAUAUAUAUGGAUUUGAACAACGCGUUUAUGCUCCUGACUACCCACAAACCUGUUGCUGCUGCUGUAUUUUGUGAAUGUCGUAGAUUAAAUGUAUCAGUGCUCAUUUAUUGCAUUUAUGUUUCUAUUUGUUGACUGGUUUUAUUUUCGUUUUGAAAAUUUUUGUUUCUAUUUUCAGUGUAUAAUUGUCAAUUUUUACAUUAUUUCUGUGCUGAAAGUAAGAUGAAUCUCGUGUGUAUCUUUGACUGGCUAAUAUAAAUUUUGGUGCCUGUUGACUGUAUCACUAGUCAUUUAUUUUAAUCAUAUGUUUUGCCAUAUACAUAACUCAAAUCCCUUUCCCUAAAAUUUAAAUUUAAAAAAUCAUUUCUAUUAGAUCAUGUUAAGGAAUCCAGUUUCUAUCAUUUCAUAUCACAAAAAUAUUUGGAAAGAAAAAUAUUAUUCAGUAUCAGUGACUUCUUUUUAAAUAAUUUUCGGUAGCAUAAUUAAUUAUUGUAUUGAACACAUUUUCAUCACAUCAAUAAUGUUUUUUAUUGAAAAUAAUGUGAUUAAUUUAAUAAUACUCACUAUUUUUUUUCUUAGAUUUAAAAUUAUUUUAUGUAGUCAUUGUGCCUGAAAAAAUAUAUAUUCUUCAUCUAUGUGUAUAAAUGUGUGAUGUAACUUAUUAUAUAUAUAUAUACUCUAAAUAUUUUAUGUAUUAGAUCUAAGCAAGGUUGCUUUAAUUAUUAGUGGUUUCUUUUUAUACAAAACUUGUAUUUAAAACAUAUAUAUUUAUAUAUUCUACAUAUAUUUACAAAGUAACUAUUUCUACAUAUCUAAUGCAGAUAAUUAAUUACAUGUAAGAAAGAAUUCCAUAGCUUUGAUAACUUGCAAUUAUGAAAGAUAAAAUUACGACUCAUAUUCUUAUACGGCAUUAAAAAACGAACAUAGCUGAUUUUUGUUUCAUAUUAUUCUUCUUUAUAAUCUUUUUAACUAUCAUAGAAUUUCAAAUCUGAUAUUAAAAUUUGUAUCCUUUGCUUUUUGUGUUAAGCUAUUAUGUAAAAAGACACUAAAACAAAUAAAUGUUGAAAAUUCACUGGGCCCUCAACAUAUAUUAAGAAAGAGAUGCAAUUUUGUAAAUGUAAUCAUUUAUUAGUAGAUGGAAUAAAAAUAAACCAAAAAAUAAUAUACAUAUAUUAUCUGCUUAGUUAUGUGGAAAUUAUUUUUCUUACAAAAGUAUAGUACCCAAAAAUAAUUUUGCAUUCUAUGAUUAUUAUAUUAAAAAAGCUGUUUCAUUUACUGCAGCUGAAUAUAUUGUUUCGUGUGAAAUUGUAUGCCCCAAUGUAGAAACAUAUGCACUUGAAAUUUUUAUUAUUAUACAUGUUAUCUUUUGAACUGCUUAUUUAUAUAAUAUAUACAUACUGUCUGAAGAAAGGUGAAAUAUUUGUGCUAUUUUUUUGUUUUUAUAUUAGAAAGUCAUAUUGCAACUCAAUAUUCAAAGUUAAAAGAGCUUUACAUGAAAACUUAAGAAGCAGUUUAAUUAACUCUGUUAAGACUGAUUUAUGAAUUUCUAUAUAAAUCUUCUCUUGAAUAAUGCAGUGAUGUCUUUAAAUAUUGAUUGAAAUAAGAGUUUUUAAACAGAUUAAGAUUAUUGAAAAUCUGUAUAUGUUCUAUUCUUUUAUUUCAAUUUUGACUUUCAAUACAUUUUAGCUAUUUUUGUAUUUAUUUAUUGUCAUAUAAAUAUUAUUCAUCAUUAAUUAUAUAGUGGUAUAAGUAUUGCAAUUAGUUAACUCCAAAUCAAUUGUUUUGAGAAACAUCUAAAUGAAUGUUAAUUAUUUUUCAUGAUUUUAAGAGAAGCCAAAUGCAUGAAUGUUUUAUUUUAGAACCAUUUCUGAAUUUUGAGUAAUUGGAGAAGUUGAUGUUCUUAUUCAAAUGGAAAGGGGAUUUUUCUAAAAUUCUUGUAAAAUAGAAAUGAUUUAAUUUUAGAUCAAAAUAUAUAUCCCAAACUAAGUAAGCUAUACACAAAUACCCAGCGUUACCAAAAUGCCAAAGUACCACAUAAAAACAGCUAAAGCUAUUAUAUUACCUAAUAUCAUAAAAAAAACUAUUUUAACAGACAAAACUUUGAGUUUAAUGCUUUUACUAGAAUGUUAAAAAAGUAUAAAAAUUUACACCAGGGUUAAAGUUUUUUUGUUUUUUUUUUUAAUUCUCACAAUGUGUUAACUUUGUAUUCUGCAUUUUGUGAAUAAGCAGCUAUAUUUGUACUACUAAAUAAAUUUAUCUUUAAAAAAAAUGUUCAUGUGCAUGAGACAAGUUAAUGUUACAAUUUCAUAUGUCUGCAUUGAAAUCUCUGCAAAUUUAUUUGUUUAUCACUAAAUAUGGAAUUUCAUGAAAUGCAAAAUAAACAUUUAACAUAUAAAUCACUAAGAAGGAGAAUUAACCAACUUACAUUUUCUACUAAUUAACAUGCCUUUCAUUCUAAUGAAUUUCAUUUAAUGUGUUUUCAAUUUCACAGUAAUUGCUAUUUUUCAAAACCAGAGUGGAUUGAAAACUAAUUAAAUAAGGUAGAAGCACCUAAUGGUUCGUUUAGGGUUUAUAAAAUAUUAAUUUAUGCACUUUAAAGAAUAUAUAUUUUCAUACAGUGUUUUAAAAAUAGAAUUUAUAACACACAUAUAGCUAUAUGUAUUAUAUUUAUAAAUACUAAAAUAAAAUUUAUUGUUUAUAAAUUAUAUACUAUACUUAACUCGAGCUAAAAUCGAGUUUAAUCUCAGCUUAGCUAAAACUUCUUUAUGGGUUAAUCCAGCCUGAUUAUGUGUCUUUCAAUGCAUUCUAAAAGCAAAUACUCCUUUUUGUUAAAUUUCAAAACCACCCUGGUUCAUCACACUUAGAAUGAAUUAAAGUAUAUUAAAUUUUAUUUUUACUGGACAGGGGUGUUUUAAAAUUUUUGUGUUCCAGAAUUAAUUGUUUAUUUUGAUAAAUUAUUAUUUUUGCUACUUAAGUACUAUAAUUGAAAGAUUUAUAAAAUUAUUUAUAGAUAUUAUGACUUUAUUAAAAAUGUCCGACAUGUAUUCCAUUCACAUACUCACAGAUUUGAAGCCUAUUCCCGUAAGCUUUUGAAGCAUUUCUCAUAUUAUUUCUUGAACAGUUAACUGAAUGCAUCCUUUGAGUUCAUUUAAACUAGUGAUUAUUAUUUUUUGUAGUGGACCUUUUUGGAUUUUGAAAAAAACUUGAAUUUAGAACAUUCUGUAUAUUUAACUUAGUAUACUUUUAGCAGAUUUAUGCCAAAAUAAACAUUAAUAGACUUUUAAAGUGAGUUUGGAAAAGUAUUUCACCAAAAAAUAACUAGUAUUUGUUUUGAUUCUGAAUUCCCUAUAAUAUAUAUAAAGUUUUCAUUGGAUUUUUAUAUGAAGUGUGAAGCAGAAAUUUUCUUAUUUCCAUGCAAAAAUGCUUUUUCUUAAUUUUAUUGAAUGAAAAUAACUGGAUUAUGCCCCCCCCCUUUCUUUUUAAGUAUUGUGUUUGUCUGCAUUCAUUGAAUCAAAAAUUGUGUAUACAGAUCUGUUGGGGAAAAUAAGGUGCUUAACUAUACUGCCAUUCAUUUCUGACUUUACUUUAUUGCGCUUUCUUUACUGUGCUAUUGUUGCCAAAUUUAUUCUCAAAAUACAGGGAUCUGUAGAUUAUAUUGAAGUGUGCUGAUUUUCGUUUUGUAGUAAGCUCUUUUUUUAUUUAUCUUGGAAAACUAGAUUUUUUUUUACU